AUGCACGGAGGCCGUCGUCGGCAAUGGAGGAGGAAGCUGGGGAUGCUGCUGGUGGCAGCCUGCUGGGGGAUUAUCGAUGCUUUCUCCCCUCAAUUCAUAACAAGGGUCAACAGCCGAUCACGGCUUGCCUCCAUGCCUCUGCACCCAAGAUCUCAGACAUACAUGCGUCCGUGGGUUGGUCAUAGAAUCGUGCAGAGCAUCAGGACUAAGAUCCGAGCUAGCAGUGAUGGCAAGCGAUCCUCAGCAGUUUUUCCAGUGUCACUAAAGACUCUCGGUGCAGCGUUGGGUGCAAUCAUAGCGUUUGCUCUACAUGUGAAAUUUGUGUCUCCAAGCUCAUUUUCUCCCCUCGGACCCAAGGGACCAAGUGUGUCUGGCGAAGUGAUCGUUGGGGGCAUCACACUGCUAGGUUUAGUUCUUUAUGGAUCUCGGAGAUCUGAUAAGGGUGUUGCAAACCUUGCUCUCUCAGUUACUGAUGAAGAUAAGUUGCCGAGCACAGCCACGUCGCAAAGCAAAUCCCACACCACGGAGACCUACAUCCUUUUGGGCAUGGCCUACCUGAGCUCUUCGUAUCUGAGUCAGUUCAUUGACAUCCUUCUCUGUGCUCUUUCUAUCUUGGAUGUGCCGAUAACCAUCGGGUUCUCACGUGCCCUGCAAGUGCUCCUCUCGCACUUGUUCUGGGUCUUCACUGGAAGUCUCAUCCUCCAGAACAGGACGAAGAACUUCUUCUCGUCGAAGGAUUGGUUCCGAAUCGAAAGACCCAAUCACAUCACAUUUGUUAGCAUAAUUGUAGGCUACUUGAUCACGUGCUUUGUUUCGUCGUUCGGGCUUCUCAUGGGAACAUUUCUCUCGUCUCUCAAUCUUCCUAUUUUGAGGAAUUUCUAUGAUAUGAUGCAAUCGCUUCCGGAGAGCGCGACAGAGACCGUUGUGGACAAGUUGAAACGACCAGAAGGAGAUGACCUCAUUGCUCGAGUGGUUGGAGGCAUCGGGCCUUGCUUCACAGGUCCGAUAUGGGAAGAGAUUUUGUACCGCGGCUACUUGUUGCAAUCAUUCAGUCACAUGAUGCCGUUGUCAACUGCUACAGACUUGGCAAGCUUGGUGUUUGCCUUGAAUCAUAUGAAUCCGCGCGCCUUUGCACAUCUUUAUCUGAUGGGUUACCUGUGGUCUCUCCUCUACUUCCGAACUGGGAAUCUGAUCGUCCCUAUUGCUGUCCACAUGAUGUGGAACAUCAGGACCUUUGUAGCACCUGUUUAG